AUGGCGGACUCACAGAGCCCCGAGGCUCGGGAGUUGACCCUGAUAGGCAAGGUGGAAUUCAGAAUUGCCAUGGCAGACACAGAUGAGAAGCUGCAGACCUUACUGGGAACCUACCUGACGCCUUUAUUGCUGAAAUUGAGCUCUGAGAGCGUGGAUGUACGCAACAAAAUCAUCUCGGUCUGCCAGCAUGUCAAUACCCGCGUCAAAAACCCCUCUAUUCAACUGCCCGUCGCAGCUCUGCUGAAGCAAUUCAAAGAACAAAAAUCCCAACUUGUCAGGCACUUUGACCUCAUUUAUGCCCAACAAGGCAUUGAUCGUCUUGGUUCGGAGGCUAGAGUGGACAUCCUGCUCCCUUUGCUCCAGGGUAUCUCCCAAAUUGGGACCUCGCCCACCCAGGGUGCAAUUGUGUUCAAUCUAGUCUUGCGCUUGCUGCCACUUCUCAAGAUUCCAUCCAAGGGCAGUGAAGAAGACCGAGCCCUUAAGGUUCGUCUUGGUAUGUCGGAUGAGGAUUCUCAGUUCUUGUCCUUCUGGUUGGCUAAAUUGCUGCUUCUCACCCCUGGGCCAAAGGAGACCACAACGUGUCCUGGCCUCUCACCUGAUGAAUACACAUUUUUGAACAAGGGCCUUCCUGCAAAUGAAACAUGGAAUCCUUCUGCAGAUGGCGGGUUGAACUUGACCGAGACCAAGGUCACCGCCCUCCGAUUCAUCGGAAGUGGUGCUUUUGAAGACCCUCAACGCUUCCUGCCUUCCUUAAUUGCAUCGGCUGAUGCCAACUCUCGACUCGCUGAUUUGGGUGACGAAACCCUCAAGCGAUUUUCGGCGGACAUUGAGAACCCUGAUGUUGUGCAGGAGCUCUACGAUAUGUACUUUGGCACUCCUGGAGCUCCGCCGGCACGACCGCCACUCCAAGUGAAGCUUCUGGUUUUCCUUGGCAAAUCCGUUAAAGCUACUUCAGAUCCACAAAGGAUUAUGAGACUCGUGGAAGAGGGACUUCUAUCCGAUUCCGCAAGAUCCGCGCAAGGAUUGCAAGCAUCGAAACUGCGAACUCAAAUAUUCACAUUCACUACCUGGGUGGUUCGUAUGGGUGCACCAUCCGACCUUAAGGAGAUCGCGCCCAAGCUCAUCGCAGGCUUAAAGGACUUUAUACAGUCUCAACAAUGGCCUAGUCCAGCAGCGAGCGGGCAGAAGUUGCCUGCAACAGAUCUUAGUCUGCGGGGCCUUGCCUACGAAAGCAUAGGUAUCAUGGUCCCCAAGGUCGACUUCUCUUUGCAAUCUGAUGAAGAGAACUUUGAGUUCAAUCUGGUCCGAUGGCUUUUUGCGUCUUUAAGCGCGGACGACUCGAGCUCCGAGAUCUUCGUCAGCAUUGACCAGGCGCUGGGAAGCAUUCUGAAUUCGUCGCUAGACAGCCACGACAAAUUCUUCCAGGAUCAAUUGCGACCAUUCCUUGUUCGCCAGAUGAGCAUGCAGCCUGGGGAUGUUGACCCGGAUACUGGUUAUCGUGCUGUGCGAGGCGUUCAAUAUGCUGCAGUGCGGUUUGCUAAUCGUUUCCUUCCCUUUGCUGAUGUGAUAGCCCGCUGGAUUGACCUGAUGGCCACCGCAAGAGGCCCCGAAAGACAGCAAGAGAUCGUCGAGGAGGGCAAGAAAGGUCUCCAUCCAUACUGGUACCGACUUCUCAACCCAGCCAAAGAUGGAAAAUGGUCUGCAUCGGCAGAAGCGCCAAAACAAGACCAAUCCUGGUUUGAUUUCCCCAAAUUUGAUGAGGCUACUCGAUUCCUGCUUGGAUCAGGUGGCCAAGAAGAGCAUAUGAAUGUUCAGGCUAUGUCUGCAUCACAGCUUCUGUCUGGUCCCUACAAAAGCUCCUUUGUUCCUACCGUCUCGUUCCUUCGCAAUACCUUGCUCUGGGAGGCGUUUUCCGCCGCGGGAAUUGCAGCAGACUUAGAACAGGACUGGGACUACAAGUUAGAAGUUCUUCUGUCUACCAGUCCGGAAGCUCGAGCUGCAGUGAGACAAUACAUCCAAACUCAUGCAAAGCAGUCCGUGAUGACACUCUUGUCUGGCACGCUCGAAGGUCUCGUAACUGGUGGGCCGGAAGGUCUUCGACAAUGUGGUACUAAUUUCGUGGAGAUCUGCUCACUAGCUCCAAAUGAUGUCGUCGAGCAAUUGGUUUCGCGUGCAGCCUCUUUGAUGGAGCCCAUCUGCAGCAAUAAUCAAGAUAAUCAGGGUAUCACUGCUCGUGCCUUCGGUAUUCUGGUCUCGCACCCUGCCUUCCCGGAAGAACAGCUGAAGAGUUUCACCGCCCAGUUGACCAGCGCUAUUCAAUCAUGGAACACUGCUGUCGGCUCAGAGGUGAUGCGAGUCCGAGGCGCAAUCUUAGCACUCUCGUAUCUGCUAAGUAGACUUGGGUACCGAGGGCUCUUGGACAGAAUCCCAGCGGCCCAGGUCAAACAGUUUGCCGAGAAUGUCUUUGACAUCUUAGAUGUGUCCCGAGAUACACUUCUUCAGAGGACCGCCCAAGAGGCUAUCGGCCAGCUGAGCUUGUCCGGGGUACUCUCUCUGGACAUUGUUUCCGACGAAGGCUGGAAGAAGAUCCAAGACAAACUCUCACGCGACGCCAAGACCGAGAACCAAGUUCCAAUCAGUUCCUUAGGUCUGCUGACCUUGAUAUUCUCCCGAACUGGCUCGGAGAGUACUUUGUUCAAUGCCUUCCUCGAGUCUCUCUACAGCCUCCAUGAGAUUCGUAGCCCCGAGGUUCAAUUUACUGUGGGUGAAGCCUUGAGCAAUGUCGCCACUGGAUGGGAUUCUCGUGCACUCAUCCAGGACUUCGACAUCGAUGCCGAGUUCCCCCACUCCGAUGUUCCUCGCACCGUGUUUGCGCGAGUCUGCGACAAGAUCAUUGCUGACUGCAUCGCACCCAAGCCAUCUCUCCGGAAGGCGUCCGCAAUCUGGCUUUUGUCACUAGUCAAGAACUGCGGUCAUAUGCAGGAAAUGCAGGAACGAUUGCGCAAAUGCCAAGCAACUUUCAGCAGUCUGCUUGGAAAUCGGGACGAGGUGGUGCAGGAAACCGGUGCGCACGGACUCAGCCUUGUAUAUGAGAUCGGCGACCAAUCCCUGAAGGACGAUCUGGUCCGAGACCUGGUCGAUUCAUUUACUGCGACAGGCCCUAAUCUCGGCGGUGGCAAGGUCGAUGCUGACACGCAGCUAUUUGAGCCGGGUGCCCUGCCCACGGGUGAAGGAAACUCUGUCAACACCUACAAAGACAUUAUGAACCUGGCUGCCGAGGCUGGUGAUCCGACUCUGGUUUACAGAUUUAUGUCACUGGCCUCAAACAAUGCCAUUUGGACCAACCGUGCUGCCUUUGGUCGGUUCGGAAUCAGUACCAUCUUCUCUGACUCUAGCGUGGAUGGCUACUUGGCUAAGAACCCUAAGAUCUACCCCAAGCUGUUCCGCUACAGAUUUGACCCCAAUCCUAAUGUGCAGCGAUCCAUGAACACGAUCUGGCAAGCUUUGGUCAAGGAUCCUACUGUUGUGAUUGAUACUCAUUUCGAUGACAUUAUGCAAGAUCUCCUGAAAAGUAUUCUUGCUGGUCGUGAAUGGCGUGUUCGGCAAGCAAGCUGCGCUGCAGUGGCAGAUCUUAUUCAAGGUCGCCAGCCGGAGAAGUUCGCCCGCUACCUCGAUGAAGUCUAUAGCAAGGCGUUCAAGCUGUUGGACGAUAUCAAGGAGUCCGUCCGAACUGCUGCUCUAAAGCUCUGUCAAACCAUCACCAACUCCGUGAUCCGCACACUCGAGACGAGCGGUACGGAAAAGCGGGCGGCCACUCUGCUCAAAAGUGCUAUCCCAUUCCUUCUGAGUGAUAAGGGAUUAGACGCCAGCGCCGAAGAGGUGCAGACUUAUGCGAUCGGUGCACUCAUCUCUAUGAUUAAGAAAAGCCCCGGCAACUUGCUGCGCCCGCAUGUUCCUAACAUGCUGGAGAAAUUCUUGAGUGCGCUUAGCUCUUUGGAACCCCAGGCUGUCAAUUAUGUCCAUCUCAAUGCCGAUAAAUAUGGUCUCACAGGCCAAGAAAUUGACAAGAUGCGCCUAUCCAGCAUUCGCACGUCCCCCAUGAUGGAGGUCAUUGAGAGACACUUGAUCGACAAUCUGGAUGAAAGCAACCUUGAUGAGCUUGCAAAAAGACUCGAAGAUGUUCUCCGGUCAGCCGUUGGUCUGCCAUCCAAAGUUGGCUGCAGUCGUGUCUUAGUGCUCCUCAGCAUGAAGACUUUGGUGUUCCGGCCCUACGCCGACCGAUUCAUCCAGAUCUUGACCAAGUACGUGGUCGACCGAAACGAGACUGUCAGCGCAUCCUACUGCUCAUCUAUGGGCUACCUUUUGCGGCUCGCUUCCGACGACCGCGUCCUCAAGACCAUCGAGUUCGCGAAAAAUCUCUAUCUCACAGCUGAGGACGCAACGCCUCGAGUCAUCUCCGGAGAAAUCCUAUACUCAGCCUCCAAGUUGUCCAAUGACCGAUUUGUGGCAUUUGCAGCGAGCGCAAUGCCAUUCGUUUUUGUGUGUAAACAUGAUGGCGAUGAGCAUGUGAAAGACCAAUUCGAGAAAACCUGGCAGGACAACGUUGGUGGCUCGCGCGCUGUAUCGCUGUACAUCCGUGAGAUUGUCGGCCUUGUUUCGGACAAUUUGGACUCUCCCCGGUGGGCCAUCAAACAUACGGCCGCACGGGCGAUAGCGCAGGCAGUGCUGUCACUUGACCCGGAGAUAGAUCUGACAACCACGCAAUUGGUUUGGCCGGUCUUGGAGCGCGCGCUGGCGGGAAAGACCUGGGAAGGAAAAGAGGUCGUGCUUAAGGCACUAACGAAAUUCAGCAGUCAGGCAAAGAAAUGGCAAGCUAAGGAGGAAAAUGCUCUCAAGACGAUUACGGUUCGCGAAGCGAAGCGAGCUAACGUUUUGUACCGGCCGCACGGAUUACGGGCUAUGGGCGAGAUUGCACAGGCACGCAAAGAUUUGAAUUUUAUGCCCGAUGCGCUGAGUAUUAUUCCUUCCGUGGUGGAAGAAAUGUGUGAGGAAGAUCAGAUGGAAAUAGAGUCUAAACAUGGCUCGAUCCAGGAUGAUACCCUUGCAGCGUGUAUACAAUGUCUGCUGCAAUGUUUCAACCCGGAUUCUGGAAAAGCGCUGGGAGAGUACGUGGAACAGAUGACCGGUCUCCUGGACCAGGUCCUCCAACACGGUGGACGACAGGUCGUCAGCACAGGCUACGAAGAGCUCCGAGCGUUUUUCACUCGAGUGGAUCAGUGGAUCUCGGAUGCCUCCGGUGAGCGACAGGCUGUGCCCUUGAACUCUCUCUUGAAACUUCUCGUAUGGGAACUGGAUGGAUCUGUCGAGGCCAUCCGCAAGGGUCGAGCAGAGGCUAUUCUGGCAUACCUGAAACUUGACCGGGCACCGGAUGCACUUCUCACCAGUCUCCGAGAAUGGAGAAGCAGCGAGCGCUCUGGAACUGUGCAACGACUGCUCGAUGAAGCCCUAAACCACGUGGCACCCUGA